AGGGAACCGAUGGCGCCCGCCCGCCCGCUCCGCCGACAUCGUCGUGCCGCGCGCCACGUGCUCCGGAGCUCCCGCCUCCACGCAAAACGAGUUUUUUUUGCCCCUUCCAUUCCCACGAUAUGCGCUGAAUCCAUCUUCUUCUAUUCCCCUCUCUGUCUGCCUCGCGUCCGGGCAUCGGGGGGCGUGGAGGGGUGCAAUUAACGGGCGGGCUCGCGCGCGGCUCCCCUCCCAUCUCACCGCGAUCCCUUCGCCGUUCGUGAUUCUUCGCCCCCCACCCCGCCCACGACCCCCUCAAUUUCAUUUUUUUCCUCGCAUUUCUUCCCAUGUGCGCGGAUCUCGGGGCGCGGCCGGCCUAGGGUUUAUGGCUUUGGUCAAUCCAUGGCGUGCGCUGCCCAGGUCGCCCUGUCGCUUCUUCUUUAAUGCGCGUUGAUCCCCAUGGACGCCGAGUCCCGGGACGUUUAUGGCUUCGCGGUGCGGCCGCAGCAUCUGCAGCGUUUCCGCGAGUAUGCCAAGAUUUACAAGGAAGAGGAAGAUGAGAGAACACAUAGAUGGAAGGACUUCUUGGACAGAUUGGCUGAUUCUGCGGAUUUGCCCAGCACACCCAGCAUUCAUGCCGCUGCUGCGGGGGAUGCUGAAAGUGCAGAAAAGAGCGUCAAAGAAGAGCACCAUGAAGCCGAAAACACAGAUACCGACAAAAAUUUGGAAUAUUUGAAGGAAGCUGGCGGCAACGAGGAACUCAGAGAAGUAAAUGGCGAGCCAGGAGAUAUUAAGGGUGUCACUAGCAACUUGGAAAAACCAAAAGAGGACAGCAGUAGCAGAGGGGCAGAUUGUGAUGAAGACGAAGGUGAAGCAGAAGAGAGGAACAUCAAAAUAGAACGCGUAGAUCAAGUUGAUGACAAUGAUGAAUCCAUAGAAGCAAAAGGCAAGCCAGAGGAUUUCAACGAUGUUGCUGGCAACUCAGAAAAACUGAAAGAGGAGGCCAGUGCAGACUGUGUAACACCGAACAAAGCCUCGGAAGAAUUCAAGGAAAUAAAUGAGGGCUCUGAAGAAAUAAAAGUUAUAAAUGGGGGCUCGGAAGGAUUUAAAGAUCAAAAUGGUGGGUCAAAGGAACUGGGAGAAGUGAAUAAUGACAACUUCAAAAGGUUUGAGGAGAUCCCCUUCGAUAAGGGGUUGUUGGAUGAAUUGGAGCCCAUAAAAGUCGAGUCUUGGCGGCGGGUGAGGGCAUCACUCAGCAUCAUUGAGAAAAUGAUGAGCUCUCGGGUCGUCAAAAGAAAUGAUACUGCAAAUGCCAUAUCUGGAGAGGUUGCGACACCGCUUGCGUCAAUUGAAGAAGACAGGGCGGUAGAAGAAACUCAUGAAGGGAAUUCAGCAGAGGAGUCAUAUGAUGCAGAGAAGGUGGAUCGGUCACAGGACGGGGCACCUGGUGAUUCAACGAGUGUUACAUUGGAGGGAGACAAUGGAGGGUCUUAUUUUCCUUGGAGGGAGGAACUGGAGAGCUUGGUUCGUGGAGGUGUGCCAAUCGCUCUUAGAGGAGAGAUGUGGCAAGCAUUUGUGGGUGUUGGUGCUCGGAAAAUCACUGGGUAUUACAACAAAUUGCUAGAUGAAAGGACCGAUGUAUUGGAUGAAAAGGACCUUAAGGACCAAGUGGUGAAUGAACAGAAAAGUUCACCAAAAAAGGAUCCCAAGCCUGAGAAGUGGAAAGGACAGAUAGAGAAGGAUUUGCCUCGAACAUUUCCAGGACACCCUGCAUUAGAUGAGGACGGGAGAAAUGCCUUGAGGCGGUUAUUAACAGCAUACGCAAGGCAUAAUCCAUCUGUUGGAUACUGCCAGGCCAUGAACUUUUUUGCCGGGCUAUUUUUAUUGUUCAUGCCUGAAGAGAAUGCAUUCUGGGCUCUGGUGGGGGUCAUUGACGAGUACUUUGAGGGUUACUACACUGAGGAAAUGAUUGAAUCACAGGUUGACCAACUUGUUCUUGAGGACGUUGUACGAGAAAGGUUCCCAAAAUUGGCCAAACAUACGGAUAUCUUGGGAGUUCAGGUGACAUGGGUGACUGGACCAUGGUUUCUUUCAAUUUUCAUCAACAUGCUUCCAUGGGAAAGUGUUCUUCGUGUUUGGGAUGUGAUCCUCUUUGAAGGAAAUCGUACAAUGUUGUUCCGGACAACCCUUGCUUUGCUGGACUUAUAUGGGCCUGCCUUGGUGACCACAAAGGAUGCUGGAGAUGCAAUUACGUUACUGCAGUCUCUUGCUGGCUCUACCUUUGACAGCAGCCAACUUGUAUUGACAGCUUGUAUGGGUUUUCAGUCAGUCAAAGAAAUGGGAUUGCGAGAGCUAAGAGAAAAGCACAGGCCAGAGAUUAUAGCGGCUAUGGAGGAAAGAUCAAAAGACCGUAAAUCCUGGAAAGAUAAGAAGGGGUUAGCAACUAAAUUAUAUAGCUUUAAACAUGACCCCUCAUCUGUGUGCCCACAAGUUGAUUCCAAGGAAGGGGCAGAUGGUUUGCAAGUGAAUGGGGACUCUGGGUCAACAAACCUGGGGAGCUACCUUACUGGUUUAGCAUUAGAAAAUGAGUUGGAUGAGGGCAUUGAUCUUCAAGAUCAGGUAACAUGGCUAAAGGUUGAGCUGUGCAAACUGCUUGAGGAGAAAAGAUCAGCUGAACUCAGGGCCGAGGAGUUAGAAACUGCUUUAAUGGAGAUGGUCACGCAAGACAAUAGACGUACGCUGAGUGCUACGGUUGAGAAAUUGGAGGCAGAGGUAUCUGAAUUCCGAAAAUCUUUCGAAGAUAAGCAAGAACAAGAAAAGGCAAUGCUUGAGAUUUUGUUAAGAAUGGAGCAGGAGCAGAAAGUGACAGAAGAUGCCCGCAUAGCUGCUGAGCGAGAUGCUGCUGAACAAAAAUAUGCUGCUCAUUUGAUCCAGGAGAAGUAUGAAGCAGUCUUGAUAGCACUUUCACAAAUGGAGAAGAGAGCUGUGAUGGCAGAAACUAUGUUGGAAGCUACAAAGCAGUACCAGGCUGGGCAGGUUAAAGCCAUCCAAACGUUCGCCCCAAAGUCACCGCAUGCAGACCUUGGGAAGAUAAAUCAAGAACCAAAUCAAGAUACACCUAACAAGAAAUUGGGCAUACUUUCUAGGGGGCUUGGAUGGCUAGAGAAGAGCAAGCAGGGAAAGUCGAAUCCCGCUGAAACGAAUGAAGGCUAAACUCCUGUGGAAUCAGGUAGAAAAUCGUCGGUGCCAGCAAGGAUCUUGAUAUCCAUGAGUGAUUGGGUUGCCAGAUCGCCAGAAGAAUCCUUCGAAACCAGCUAAUUUUUGUCGGCAGGAAGAAUCAAGUUAUGUUUCUCAUGAAGUUUUGCUGAAAUUGUACUUUGUACCAUAUUGGGUUCAAUGGUCAGAUGGAGUUAUGUUGGUAGGUCCAAAUCUUUGCAAGGCAUCCUUGUAAAUUUUCUUCUCCGAUUAGUUUCAUUAAGAUUGUCAAUAUUUAGUGUUACGGUUAGGAGAAAGAAAAAAUACACACGAAACCCCCUGUGUUGUUAGGUUAGUUUUUGAGGAUGUCAUAGGGUUAUACUGGGGAAGAGCAUGUUUUGUUUCUCUUGUGGAAAGAGUUUUGCAAAAGCACUGUAAAGGAAAUGAUGUUCCAGUGUCUUAUUUGUUCUUUUGAUACCGUUGGCUUGCAACAUAUUCUUGGCAUAUGUUGCUUAGUGUAAAAUACAAAGUAUCUGUUGAUUAUUGCCAGGAAUGAUCAUUCAAUAUAUGGCAUCUAUAUUUGUGUUCGUUUA